GACAGCACACUUCUUAUCCAUUGUGUGGUAAUUCUUCAAUAUAUUUCAGUGAUAUUCUACCUGGGUGAGAUGGAAAAAGCAGUUGCACUAUUCACGAAUCCUGAAUUCAGUAUUAAAGAAUUGACCAAUUCCCUAUAUUUGGAUACAUUAAUGAUAAAACAAUGUUUUCAAGCACCAUUUAUUCUAUUAAAUAAUAAAUAUAACAAUGAAUUAGAUCAUACUUCAAGAAUUUGUCCUACAAACUUAUUUACUCUUAAAGAUAAUCAACAUAUAAAUGUUUCAUCUUUGCUUACAAGUAACUCUUCUGACAGUAGAACUUCUUGGACAUAUUCACCAUUUAAUACUGAUAAUAAUAAUGAUAUUGAUUGGUUACCAAAUUUUUUUAUUCAUCAACCUCCUUUAUUAAUCAAUAUACCAAUGUAUUCAAUGAAUUCAACAAAUAUCACUAUACGUUGGUUAAUCUAUCUUAGAUUAUCUAUUGAAAUUGAUGAGAAAAAUAGAAGUAAACAUUUAGAAGAUCCAUUCAUUGUAUCACUUUAUCCAAAUAUUAUCAUGAAUUCAUUGAAUCAUACAUCUAGUUGUUGGUUAUCACCUAAAAUAAUAAUCAAUGUACAAAAUAGUCUUGAUCAACGAAUAGAUUUGAAUUUAUUUACUUAUACAUCAGAUGAUCUAUUAUUCAAUCAUGAUGAUCCAAAUGAUGAUGAUGAUGGCGAUGUUAUUAUUCAUUUAAAUGUACAUGUUGUGAAUAGUUCCAAUUCAUGUCUAUUACAUUUAUAUAAUCCAUUAAUUUUCUCAUAUCAUAAUUUUAUUCAUAAUUAUUAUAAUCUAGAAAAUUAUUUCUCAUUAAUGUUAUUAAAAUCAAUUCAUUAUUUCCCUUUAUGUUGUAUCUAUCCAUUUUAUAAACAAUACACGAUUCAUAAUCAUAAUAAUAGGGAUAAUCAAUUUGAUCCUCAUUUCAUAGUUGCUAAGCAACAAUUAAUGAUCAAUAAUUUAGAAGUUAAACUUAAUAAAUUUUGUACAUGGAAUGUAUAUAAAUUCAAUAAACAUUUAUUAUAUUUAAUUACUAAUGGUAUUUUUAAUGGUAUAUGUUUAUAUGUUAAUAUGAAUUGGUCUAUAUCUAAUCCAAUAAUUAUUGAAAUUCGUUCAAGUUCACGUAAAUUAUUGAAUCUAUUAGAUCAAGUAUUGUUUACUCGAAAUAAUGUCGAUGAAUUUCAUUUUGUUCCUUAUACUCAAUCAUUAUUAGAUAGUGAUAUAUCAAAUAAAACAACUAAUGUACAAAAAUCAAUCAUUGAUUCAUUCAAUUAUUUAAUUGAUGAAACAGAAUAUCUUAUCAAUCAAAUAACUCAACUUAUUGAAUGUACAAUGUAUAAACGAAUUCCUGAAUUAUCUGUAUUUUUAAAAGAUUUAACAAAUAAUCUUGAUAUUGCACAUCGUACUGCUGAAUGGAGAUCAAUAGUGAAUAAAGCAAGUACCAUGCCAAUUGAUAAUAUACCAUCAAGUUUGGAAUAUUGUCAAUUACGUUUACAAACAGAUAUUCACUUAAAAAAUCUUUGUUUUAUAAACAAUUUUUGAGGAAUAUUUAUGAAUUAAAUAUGUAUGUUUACCCUUUUCUGUGCUGAUUCCAUGAGGACGCUUCAUUUUGUAAAUACUGUUUUGUAAAAAUUAUGAAUUCACAGUGAUAACUUCUUAUGUAUAAAUGUAUGAAAUCAUUCAUUUUUGUUAGAAAUAUAAACAGAUUAUUUUCUAUAGAGUUC